UGAUGAUAACAAAAUGGCAGCAGAAAUAAAGCCAUCACAAAAUAAGCAAGGAAACACAAGAAAACCUGUUCUAAUAAGUAAAUUAGAAGGUUUUCAAGAUGACGUCAAUAUGGCAGUUAUAAUCCCUCGGGAAGACGGAGUUGUCACUGUCAGCGAUGACAAGACAUUACGAGUAUGGUUAAAAAGAGAUACAGGACAGUAUUGGCCAAGUAUUUGUCACACAUUGCCUUCUGAGGCAGCAUCAUUAACAUACAAUGGAGAAACUAGGAGACUAUUUGUUGGAUUAAAUAAUGGAACCAUUUCAGAAUUCCUGUUAUCAGAAGACUAUAAUAAAAUUACACAAAUGAGAGAUUAUUUAGCUCAUCAAGCAAGAGUAAAUUGUGUAAAAUUUUCCUUGAAUUGUGAAUGGGUGCUUAGUUGUAGCCGAGAUAAAUAUUUCCAGUGGCAUUGUUCAGAGACUGGUAGACGAUUAGGUGGAUACCAAGUAUCAGCAUGGUGCCUUUGUGUAGAAUUUGAUGAACAAUCAAAAUAUGCUUUUGUUGGAGAUUAUUCUGGGCAGAUAUCAGUGUUAAAAAUUUCAAAUACAAAUUUUGAUUUAAUAGUGACUUUAAAGGGUCAUUCAGGUAGUGUUAGGAGUUUAUCAUGGGACAUCAAUAGAAGCUGGUUAUUCUCUGGAAGUUUUGAUCAGUCUGCUAUAGUUUGGGAUAUAGGGGGAAGAAGAGGUACAGCUUUUGAAUUACAAGGUCACAGGGAUAAAGUAUUAGGUUUGGCGUAUGCAGCAGGCUGUAAACAAUUACUGACUGGUUCAGAUGAUUGUAUAUUAGGGAUAUGGAAUAUGGAAGCUGAAAGACAAGAGACUCCAGGAUGGGAAGAAAGUGAUACUUGUCAAAAAUGUGAAUCACCAUUCUUCUGGAAUGUUAGGAGAAUUUGGGAGAGUAAAACAAUGGGUGUACGACAGCAUCAUUGUAGAAAAUGUGGCAAAGCUGUUUGUAAUAAAUGUAGUGAAAAGAAAUCCAGACUACCAAUUUUAGGUUUUGAGUAUGAUGUACGGGUAUGUGAAGAAUGUUUUGCCAGCAUAUCACCUGAAGAGAAAGCCCCACUAGCAACAUUUCAUGACAUGAAGCAUCCUAUACAGUAUAUGUAUUUAGAGGAAACAAGAAAAAGACUUCUUACUGUAGGAAAAGAUAGAGUUGUCAAGAUAUGGGAUGUAAGUCAAGUCCUGCAUUGAAGAUUGCUGUAUUAGAAUGUAGAAACAAACACAGAACAAAAACCUUAUUUUGAUGUAAUCAUGUGACCAUGACUUGUUGUCAUGUGACUUAAACCAAUACUGUAGACAUAUAAAAGAUAGAUAAACCCUCCAUAUAAUAAUGCUGAGGGACAAUCAUUUUAUUUUGCUGGAAAUCCUCAUUAUAACUUGCUCACUUAUGAAAACAACCAGACAACUGCUGAGAGUUAAGUAAGAGUUGACAGCUUAAACUGUUUAUUUGUUAACUUUUUUUCUACAAAUAUAUGAUUUAUGGCAUUCAGUGAAGAAGAUUUUGCUUCUACCGUUUGCUAGUAUAAGUCAGAUCAACAUCUGAAGUCCAUAUAAAGAUGUAAUCUUUGUGCUUCUUCAGAAAUUGAGAGGUGGUGACAUUUAAGGGAAUACAAAAAUGCAACCGGAUGAAAACAUUAAUUGGAUCUAUUAAUUUUAAAUAUUUAAUUUCAUUUAAAGUGCCAUCACAUUAGAUAAAACUUGCAUUUUUCGCAGUUGUCAGUUAUCACUACUAAAUGCCAAUAUUAAUUUGUGAAUCAAUAGUAGCAAUCCAAAUAAUAAAGAAAAAAAAAUUGUUAUGUAUCAUUUUGCUCACUUUGACAUUGACCCUCUUUGUGUGCUUCGAAACUUUUAUUUUUUUUUGUAAUUAGGAAGUAGACCAAAGUGGUGGGACCAAUUUAUUUGUUUAUUAGCUUCAUGAAAAAUUAGUUAGAGGGGAUUUCAAGAGUAGAAAUAAUAACGUAGGAAUUAUUUAUAAUUU